CGGUCAAGUAAUUCCCCCCCCCCCCUUCCUUCCUCCCUUUCAAACUUUCACAAACCGAGCAAAGCAGAGACCUAGAGCACAGUUUUUCCAAAAUGGCGUCGUUUAAGCGACGGAGCUCUGCCACAAAAGACACCAACAAACUCGGGGCUUUCAAGUCAAACGUAAGCAUGGUCCUGAAUCGAUUGGGCAAAGAGAAUCAGACACACACAGUUGGUGCUAAAAAUUUAAAGGUGUAUACUGAAAAAGGAACUGCUAAACCUGAUGUUGAUAGCAGGAGUUCUGUGCCAUUGAAGAAACCAGCUAUUCUUGACAAUAAAAGUGUUGUAAAGGCGGGUUUGUUCAGUAUGGAGAAGAGCAAAGCCACACUUGGUAGUGUUGCAACUGGAAAUGUUGGAAGAAGAGCAUUAGCCGAUGUUAGCAAUGUCAAAGGCAAUUCUUCUAGAGUUGUAGGUGGAGAUGCCUCUAAACCAAUGGUUGGUAAAACUGAGAGAAAGAAGUCUCUGCAACGGCCUUCAGUGGGUACAGGCACCAGGAAUGUGAAUGUCACAUCAAGGAGAUCCCUCCUGGGAAAAGAGCGGGAAAGCAGUCAAGGUGUUUCUGUGUUGCAGACUACAAAGAGAGUUGUAGGUAUUAAAGAUUUGAAGGCCCCUUCAGAAAAUCAAAAGACCAAAGCUAUGGGUUUAAGCAAUGAAUCUAGGGCUGCAGAUAGCAGGAGGACUUUGAGGAAUUCACUUAAGCUGACAAGGUUGUCUUUACCAGAAGUGAAGGUCAACCAAGAAGAAGCAAGUAUUUCAAAGGAAAAUGCUGGAAGUCCUGGUAAGGCUAAAGUUGGCAAGAAACUAGUCUCCAGAGUGAGCAAUGAUAUUAGGAGCUAUGUAUCAAGGAAUCGAGUGAGUGAUGGCUUUCUGAUUAGGGGUCAAAAGAAUUCAAAUGUUCGUGUGAUGCCAAGAAAAUCUACCAAAUCCACCCUGAAGGUUCCCAAGUCCGGAGGGAUGCAACCUAAGUACACAUCUGGUCCAAAUAAGUUGGCUUCUGUUACUGCAACUAAAUCUAAAACCCAAAAAGCUGUUGAAUUUGUAAUUGCUGAGGAUGUUAAGCAAGAAACGACUCAGGGAGAGGUACCAUCUGAUGGCAACUGCAGCAAAACUGCUUCAGAUAUCAUCUCCAGGAGAAACUCAAGUCGGAGGAGAUCUUAUACGUCUCUGCUGAUGACUGGAUCAAAGUUACUAGAGGAACGUGUCGAAGCUAUGAAGGAAGAGCUGCCAAGUAUUGAUAAUCAUUGCAAUCAACUGGAAGUUUCUGAUUAUGUUGAUGAGAUCUAUCAGUACUAUUGGAUUUAUGAGGCACAGAAUCCACCUCGGGCAAAUUUCCUGUUGAUUCAGGCAGACAUUACUCCUCAUAUGCGCGGCAUAUUGGUCAAUUGGUUAAUUGAAGUACACUUCAAAUUUGAUCUGAUGCAAGAAACACUUUAUCUCAUGGUGACAUUGUUAGACCAAUAUCUUUCUCAAGUCCCAAUUAAGAAGAAUGAAAUGCAAUUAGUUGGUCUUACUGCACUUUUGUUGGCAUCAAAGUAUGAGGACUUUUGGCAUCCAAGGGUCAAAGAGUUGAUUAGCAUCUCAGCUGAGUCAUACACUAGAGACCAGGUGCUUGAAAUGGAGAGGCUCAUUCUUAAAAAGUUGAAGUUUCGUCUUAACACACCUACUCCAUAUGUCUUUAUGUUGAGAUUUCUCAAGGCUGCUCAGUCAGAUAAAAAGCUUGAACAUUUGGCCUUCUACCUCAUCGAAUUGUGUCUGGUUGAGUAUGAACCUAUAAUGGUCAAGCCCUCAUUGCUAUGUGCAGCAGCCAUCUAUGUUGCAAGGUGCACUCUGCAGAUUACUCCAGCUUGGACCCCCCUGCUUUGCAAACAUGCUCGUUACGAAGUGUCUCAAAUCAGAGACUGUGCAGAGAUGAUCUUAAGAUUUCAAAAAGCUGCUGGAGUAGGAAAGUUGAAGGUCACAUACGAGAAAUACAUGAGGACUGAUCUCAGUCGUGUUGCAGCAAUUGAACCCUUGGAGAGGCUUCCCCUCUGAUUCAUCUGAAGCAGAAUCAUUCAAAUCUUUGCUCGAAACUGUUGGAGCCUGGCAGUAUACUUGUAUAUGAUGUCACCGUAAUUCACAUGCUGGUUUACCACACUAAAGUUAGAGGGCAUUCAUUGUCAAGUUUUUGUUGAAGGGCAUGUUGUAAAGAAGUCUUGUUUUCUACUGCCUUGUGAUGUUAGGGAUGUGUUGAUUGUAAGAUCAUGUUUUGAACACACUAUGAACCUAAAACUGUAACAACUGUUGUUGUAACAACUAGCUAUGAAUGCGUAACUUCUUGUUGGUA